AUGAAUAACAUAAUAAAGCGGAUCGUUUCCCUGUUCUCUGUCAAAGAACCCCAAAGGGACGUUCCUCCAGCGGAGCACAACGAGACCCCCGAUCAGUCUCCGACUAUGGUCCGUCCCAAGCCUGUCUCCGUCGUUGUCUCUCCUCCCGCCUUCGAUCUCGAUUCCUAUGAACCCUUCGACGAAGAUUACUUCCAACGCACGGUUGAUGAGAUUCUCUCCGAUGAGGCUAGUUUUGAGAAUAGCUUUGAUGAAUAUCACGGCGCUAAGAUGAUGGAUGGGACCUGUGAUUGGGGGACUAGCAUGGCGGGGGAUUCUGGUCCUGGGAGUUCGGGGUCUAAGGUGUCGUCUUAUUUUCCGAGUAAGCUGGCUAGGAAGAGGCCUGUCGCGCAUAGGGUUAUUCGGAAGAUUGAGAGCACAGAUGAUGAAGAUAACUCGGAGGAGAGUGAGGAGAUCCUGAUUUCGGAAGAGGCUGAGCGGGUUCAUGAUGGCCAGAGUGGGGGCAAAGUGAUCAAACGGGCGGAUCCUGCUGAUUCUGUCGCUAAGAUUAAGCUUGAGGAACUUGAAAAACGUGGGCUCGGGGAUGAGGGUGUUCGUGCUCCAAAGGAAGAGGCCGAGUCUGCUGCUCAGGCUUCUUCUGUGAUUGGUGUCGAUGCCUGCGAUGAUGAGGAUCUCCAGGAAGUCUCAGAGGAGAGAUUUGUUUUUGCUUCUGUUUCGGAGGAGGAACAUGACCGUCUUGUUGAGUUCCUUCUUGAUCAUCCUUUCAUGCGCGAAGGUGCGUAUCCGGUGAGACGGUCUGCGCGGCGCAGGUUCGUAAACGAUGUGCGACGAGAGGCUUCUAUCUCUGGCAUGGAUGGAAGUGCCCUUGGAGUACUCAUAAAGUGGAUCAAGAAGACAUAUCUCGAAGUUUGCAUGGUUCCCGACGCUGACAAGGAAGGAUCGGAGUUCGGUGACGAGAUUGAUGAUGAGAAGACGGCUGAACAUCGGUCACAAAGAGAGUUGAAGAAAGAACGGAAGAGGAAGAGGACUAGUAUUGAUCAGGCAAGGGGAGAGACCAAGACAAAGAAGACGAAGAGAUCUGACAUUCCGAUGAUCCCUAGCAAACACGACGUCCGAGAGGCCAUAAAUAUUGAUAGCGACGAUUCUGCGAUUGCGAUCUCUAAGUCCACCUCCGCAAACACCCAAGUUUUAGAAAAGAACCCAGCUCCCCAGACUGAUCUCCAACGCGCACCUACCUCCCAUCGAGUGAACCAUGGGGAUGUACAAGUUGGAAGAGAGAUAAUUGAACAUGUUACUCCCCUAACACCAACCACACCUUCAAUACAGAAGAAGCGCAAUGAACAGAGCAUCUCGCACAAGAAGCCAUCACCGCCAAUGCCUCGACAUUAUAAUUCCACCCCUAACAAUGAUGUCAAAAGCAACGAGGGAAAUCUACGAGUAUCCCAAGAGCGCAUUUUGCGGAACGACUCGCCUAAAAAACCUACCGUCUCUUCUGAUACAGACCUCCCGAGCUCAUAUUCGAAAAAUCCGAAAUCGCCAAGUAACUUACUGAAUAUCGCUGAAAGCCGCAGGAAGAAGAAGAAGCGCGAAAAGAACAAAAAACGGCGACAGCUCCGGAAAGAGAGAAUAAGGUCUGAGACGAUGUCUGAGAUUAGCCAGCUUUCCCGAAAAGGUGAUCAACAUGCCACUGCCACUCGUAUGGGAGGUACCGUACCACAGGAGCACUCAGCGGAGAGCACUUCGUCUCUACACAAGGCAGUGGCCAUGGAUGACCCAUUUUGGGAUAUGGAUUUUUAA